AAAAUGGUUAAAAGAAAAUCUGCUCCUCGAAGGAAGUCAAUGACGAAUUCGCAACGUUCUGAUAAUGAAGUUUCCCCAAAGACCCCGAAAAAGCGAAAAUACGGUACCAGCAAAGUGUGUAUGAAUAUCGGAAAUAAAGAAUUCAAAAUUUUUAGGACGACAUUAAAACAAAUUAAAAGAUUACAAGCAUCAGUUCAAAGCUGCAUCCCCCGUCUCCCAUUUUCUCGUCUUAUUAGAGAAAUAUUGAUGGAACAAGGGUUGGGAUCGCACAAAAUUCAAAUUGAAGCUCUCAAAGCUAUACAAGAAGCUGCAGAAAUAUAUUUGACAUAUCUAUUCGAAGAUGCCAAUAAAUGUGCCAUGCACUGCCAUAGGGUGACUCUUAUGCCCAAAGACAUACAUCUAGUUCUCGAUAUAAGGGGUUGUAACGAUCCAGGAUAUUCAUAAAUUUCAACAGAAUAUGAAGAAUUUUUAUAAGAUUUACGUAAAGGAGAGCAAAAAAACGGGGAUACGCUCAUUGAAAAUACGAAAAUGAUAAAUCAUUCAAAAUUUCCACUGAAUGGGUUUUGUUGGAAAUACAAAGAGUUGCUUGAAAAAAUGAGCUGCAAACCCUGAACUCCCCUUUGCUAUUUUUGAGAAAAUAUUGCCUUGUUUCACUUCGACUCAUCUGAAUGAGUGAAUUAAAAGCGUUACCAUGUAUUACUUUGAGGUUAUAUUCGAUUCACUAGCUGUCAAAUCUUUUUGUUAUAUAGUUUGACUAUUUUUUUAAUAAUUUCCUGUUUUUUAUAAAAAACGAAGUUUUAGCAGCAUAUUGAAUUAUUAUUAUCUAUCUUCGUAGUGUCAUAUACUUAUUUUUAUAAUAAUUAAUACGAGGGUGUUACAAAAACUAUUCUCUUCUCUAUAUGUACGUAUAUUGAGGUUAUAACCGAUUGAACAGCUGCUGAAUCAUUUAGUAACUUAGUUUGACUAUUUUUUUAUUAACAUCUUGUUUUUUUUUAUAAAAACGAACUAUUUUUUCUAUAUAUAGUCUUAAGUGAAAAAUUUGUUUAAUUUAUAUAUUUUGUAAUAAUGAGAAUAAAUUGACAAUAUGGUAUUUCCAAGUUGACAAAUUAUAGGAUGAAAUAAAAAUUACCCCAGUUUUUUUACGAGAACUUUUAAAGUUCUUGGAUAACAUUGCUAAAUGUAAUAAAAAAUGUAGAAUACCUGUAAACUUGAAAAAAGUACAAACUUUGUUGUUCGUCUUUUUUAAGUAGUAUAUUUUUUUGUAAAAUAUGUGUUUAUUAAUAAAAAAGAAAAUAUUGAA